AUGGAAGUGAAUCCGUCUGAAGAAAUCUGGUCUUUGCGUAUUUUGGCUAUGCGGAUUUCCCUACAAAAUCCGUUUUCCUUUUUCGGUAUUGAUGAGUUUGAGGGCAAACCGGCUAACAACCAAUUCUUCUCCGGCGAACUGUCCAAUCCACGGCUCCGCUUGGAGCAUCCCUUGGUGGGCUUUUGGUUAAUUUGCUCCAAGUUGUUUGAUUAUCCUUGGAUUAAUAAGUUUCUGGUGGAGUAUUACGACGACCCGCCAUCCGCAAUUGUUGACGCAAUCAAACAAACAAGAAGUGGCAAGUCUAUCAACAAUGCUCCAAAUCAAGAAUCAGUGAAGGAACCGGAUCCGCCUUGUAUCCAAAAAAUAUACGAUCCGAUGUAUUCUAUUGACGAACCGGGCACGGAUGUUCAACGCGAAUGCACCAGCUCCGAAGGGGACCAGGUGCAAAAUCCAAAUCGCUUUGCACCUCUACAAAGUGAUGAUGACUCGUUUGAAGGUAGUGGAAUUCAGGACUUCGACGAGGUUGAAGUGGUGGCGGUGAAAAAGAAUGCCCCCAAGGCGCCUGAGUUGUCGGAUGAAGACACUGAAGAUGACGACACCAACGACAGGGAGAACAUUGUGGAUGACGCAAUGGAGGAAGACGAGGAUGACAAACGGGUCAAUACCGCUGGGGCGAACCCGCAUGAUGAGGCCAUGGACGACAACACUCUACCGUGGACUUCUUCUAAACUUACGGCAAAACAAGACUCAGCAGGUACAGGGACCUUUAUGGAGCCCUCGGAAUCAACUCCUUCUCGCGUUCAACGCCCCCCAACACUGGCCAAACGGAUCUCGAACCUCAUUCAGGUGAACAUGGAAGGGAUACCAGGCAAGUGUCACAUCUUUGAGACAACUUUCUCCGUGGACUAUCAAGGGUCGGAUUCAAGAACUGUGGCGGAGGCGCUCUUGUUGACAGUUCUGACGUCCAUGGAGGAAGCCAUCAACAAUUCCCCUAAUGAAUUGAAGCUUCUUCCAAUCUCUGAUACCACAUAUAAGCAACCGAAUCUCUGGAUUUGA